AUGAUUCCGCAGCCUCCGUCGCCCGAGAAGAGCAAUCACAUGGACGAUCCAGCGGAUCCUGCCCAGAUUCAGUCGCCUUCGGACGGUGACCUCCAGAGCGCAGAAGCGAGUGAUCAGGAAGAGAUUCUGGAUGAGAUUCAUAUCAAGAGCGAGCCCUUCUGCGAAGAUUUGUGGGAUGUUCUCGACGAGCUUGGUGAUAUUUUGGACGAGGAGCAGGCCGAAAAUCAGGCUAGGAAUCAGGCUGAUUUACAGAACGAGGAGCUGGCCGAGUCGGAGGUGGAUGAGAAUCCCGAAACGCCACCUCCGCCCUCCAUCUCACUAACCGACGACUUCUCCUUGUUCACCAGAAGAGAACGACCUGCCAGCUUUGAUGAAUCCCUGCAGGAGUCGGGCGAAAUCUCUUCUAGUGAGGAGAGCGCACCCGUCGGAAGUAUUAAUUCACCUAAUUUAACCCUAAUGGAGCUCAGGAGCAGUCCAGAAGAGAAUCCCGAGCGCUGCAGGAGCAGGUUCUCUUUGGAAACAACCCAAAUCCAGGCAGAUCAGAAGGAAACCCGCAGCAAAUCCAAAGAAAGGAAGCAUUCACCGCCAAAAAAAUGCGUUAGUCGCAGUCCCAGUCCCAAGUUCAGGGGCAGGAGAGGCAGGAGCCGCUCCAGGAGCUCCGCCGAAGCCAGGAGAAGGUCAAGUCCGGUCGGCCACAGAAGGCGCAGGAGUAAAUCCAGGGAGCACACACGAAGUCGCAGGAGGAGCCACUCCAGGGAGCGGCAAGAGCGCCGCCGUAGACCACAUUCACCGCGCCGGCGACUGAGAUCCAGGUCCAGGAGUCGUUCUCGUUCCAAACGAAACCGGAGAUCCAGGGAUGCCUCCCCCAGGAGGCACAGUCCCUUUCGCCCGCGACCUAGAUCGCCCAGAUUUGUGCGGAGGGAACUCAGGAGGCAUUCUCCUGAACGUCGUCCUCGACAUCGUUCGAGGAGUACUUCCAGGCCCGCCAAAAGCCUGGUGCGACACCGACUGGGCAACAAAGUUAGGCCGCGGGAGCCCACGAGGAGCACAUCGCCGCCGGGAAGAAGUCCUCGAAGCAGAUCCAAAUCAGCCAAGAUCACGCAGCGAGUGAGGUCGCGUUCGAGGAGUAAAAACAGGCCACCAAAGAGAGAGAGUCCAAGAAGUAGCUCACCGCCUAAGCAAAAGCAACCCAAGAAGCCUCUGGCAGAUCUGGCAGAGGCCAAGCUGCCUCAAGAAUCCUCCUCCAUCUCACCGCGACCCAUCUCCCCGAUGGUCACGCUGCACGACAAUCGAGUUAGCCGCCCGGAGGAGUUGCGUCAAUACCUGCUGGCCACUCCACCCGCACCGCACGUUGUCUACACGCAGACGCAGUACAUGGAGUACAGUGCGCAUCAUUUUCCCGGUUAUCCGCCAGCAGGACCCUACGGUCGUCCUCCGCCGGAACUCGGUCCCUUCGACCUGCGCCGCCGUUUGGCCACCACGCGCACCCUCUGUUACCUGCGUCCCAACGAUCUGCGUCACAGGAUUCAGGACAUGUACGCCCCACCACCCGCCUUCAAUGCCUACGCCGAGUGGCCCACGGGUUACCCACCGGGGCAGCAGUACCACCCCAGUGGUUACUACUAAGCCAACUCAAGUAAACAUUUUAUCUUAUGACCAAGAAAAGGGCCUUCAUUUGUAUUUCGCACGAUACGAUUGUCAUAU